UGGGGGUGCCUCGUGUUUGAGGUGGCGGUGGUUCGGUGCCGGUCCUCGUGCAACUAGCUGUUGUUAUAAGACCGACGUCCACUUCUGCAGUUUAACCGAUGCCCCCUGAGCGGCGUGUGGCAGCCCGACGCGUUACACAACCCGACCCGCCGCGGCCAGUGAGGGGCAGCAAGCGAACAUGUCCUCGGAGGCAGAGGCCGAUCCCCAUCGUGGCCCUACGUCGUCUCUCGCGUCCACGGGAGAAGCCGAGUCCGGUAUCGGGGCCGGUAUCGUCGUGACCGUCGGAGCCACGGUGCCCACCGGGUUCGAGCACACCGCCGCAGAGGAGAUCAGGGACAAGAUCGGCGCUGACGCACGGAUCAGCAAGAACCGUGGACGCAUAUACUUCCAGAUAAGCACCGACAAGCUUGCGCAGGUCCAUCUUCUGAGGUCUGUGGACAACCUGUUUGUUGUGGUUGAGGAGUUUGAGCACUACCAGUUCCAAGAAUCCAAGGAAGAGACAUUGACGGACCUGCAGCAGCUUGCCUCCAAACUCUCCUGGACCAAUGCACUGGAGGUGUGGAGGCUGAACAACUGCCUGAAAAAGAAGCGAGGCCGUCGGAGAGGGGGUGACGGCCCCAAGGGGAAACCCAACGGCAGCAUCGCCGAUGCGCCGGCUGCUGAGACGGCCGCUGAGACAGCGCAGGAGUCGCCCGGCGAGGGCCAGGCUGAGGAGGACGCCGGCCUGCAGGAGCUGGAGGAGACGCAGCCCGAGGCCAAGCCCAUCAAGUUCCGUGUGACGUGCAGCAGGGCCGGUGACAAACACAGCUUUUCCUCCAACGAGGCUGCCAGAGAUUUCGGCGGUGCCGUAGAGGAGCUCUUUCACUGGAAAGCAGACAUGACUAAAUUUGACAUCGAGGUCUUAUUAAACAUACAUAAUGAAGAGGUAGUGAUUGGCAUUGCACUCACUGAAGAGAGUCUUCAUCGCAGAAACAUCACUCACUUUGGGCCCACUACUCUGCGCUCCACCCUGUGUUACGGCAUGCUCAGGCUGUGUAAACCCCAGACAUCGGACAUAAUUCUCGAUCCAAUGUGUGGGACUGGAGCGAUACCAUUAGAGGGGGCCUUAGAAUUUAGCGAUUCGUUUUACAUUGCCGGUGACAACAAUGAUAUGGCAAUUAACCGCACAGUGAAUAAUAUAUGCCACAUCGAGAAGCGAAGAGAUGACAAGGGCAGUGUGGCUGGAUUGCCAAUUGACUCGGUGCAGUGGGAUCUCAGCCAUUUACCCGUAAGGACCAGCUCUGUGGACAUCAUCAUCACUGAUAUGCCCUUUGGGAAGAGAAUGGGCUCAAGGAAGAAGAACUGGGACCUCUACCCAUCCUGCCUGAGAGAGAUGGCCCGAGUGUGCAAACCUGGCUCAGGGAAAGCUGUGCUUUUGACUCAGGACAAGAAAUGCUUUGCGAAGGCCAUAUCAAGGAUGGGCGGGCUGUGGAGGAAGCUGCAUACCGUUUGGGUCAACGUCGGGGGCUUGCAUGCCGGAGUGUACCUCCUCAAGCGGACGGAUGCAGUGUUUGGCCGAGUUCCGGAGGAUGUCCAUCAAUCACAAGCAAGUUUUAACACAGCGGGGGAGGAGGAGGAGAAGGAGGGCCUCUCGCCCUCUUAGGCCUCACCAAUACCAUGACGUCUGUGAAGCUGUGUGUAGAAGAUGACGCAGGGGCACAAUUAUUUAUUCAGUAUACCAGUAUAGCUCUUUUCCAUCCCAACCUGUACACUUCUAUUUAGGUGGGUACGUGCUAAGAAGUUUUAGAUUUUGUCAUGCGGGUUUGUCUCCCUCUCCCCCUUGUGGUCCCAUUACGAAACACAAAUGCUACUUUUGAUAAACUGUGUAGCGUUCAACAGCAGUUGCAAUACUCACACUUUAGAUUUAGUGAAGCUGUUGGUUAAGGAGCCCCGUUGUUAUUCAGGACUCUGACCGGUGUUGUUUCGCCACACUCCUCGGACCCAUUGCCUCCUUUCACAACUCUGUGAUUGUUCUUUAGUGUGGAUAAUAAAUAUGG